GAUACCGUUUGCAGUUGGCGAACGAAGACACGAUCAGACUUAAAAGAGCGACAAAUUUGAUCUCUUGUGCAGAGCCCAUACAACGGCAAGUCCCAUGGAGGCCAUAGUUAUGUACCCAUCACCAGCAAUUGGUCACCUGAUCUCCAUGGUUGAGUUAGCUAAGCUCAUCCUCAACCAUCGGCCGUCUCUUUCCAUUCACAUCAUCAUAUUUGAGCCACCGUACGACGCCGGCUCCACCGCUACUUAUAUUAACAAAGUUUCUGCUACAAUUCCUUCCAUAAUCUUCCACCGUCUCCCCACCAUCACCCUCCCGCAAUCACUCAUCUCCUCUGCUAAAAUCCCUGAAACACUCACCUUUGAAGUCUUACUCCUUAAUAACCCUAAUCUUGAACAAGCCCUUCUUUCCAUCUCCAACAAUUUCAACAUCUUUGCAUUUAUCCCUGAUUUCUUCUGCUACGCUGCUUUAUCUGUCACUGCUAAACUCAAUAUCCCUACUUAUGAAUUCUUCACAUCUGGUGCUGGCUGUCUCUCUCUUAUGCUUUGCUUUCCCUCGAUGCACAAAAACACAACAAAAAAUUUCAAAGAUAUGGAUGCCCUUCUUCAUAUUCCCGGCAUCCCACCGAUACCGGCCAAAGACGUGCCAACACCAAUGCUUGAACGUGAUGAUAAGAUCUAUCAGUUCCUUUUAGAUGCCUCAACUCUGUUGCCAAAGUCAGCUGGAAUUAUAGCCAACACUUUCGGGUCUCUUGAGCCAAGAGCUGUUAAAACACUGACAGACGAGCUAGGUGCUCCGGAUGGCCCCCUUCCUCCGUGUCCACCUCUCUACUGCAUCGGGCCACUGAUUGUAUCAGAUAAUCGUGUAGUUUCAGAUGCAAGCCAUGGUGGCGGCGACGGCGUUGGUGUUAGUUAUAGUAAGCCGGAGUGUUUGACGUGGCUCGACAGACAGCCGAGCCAAAGUAUUGUUUUUUUGUGCUUUGGAAGCUUAGGCCGGUUCUCUGUAGAACAGCUGAAGGAAAUCGCUGUGGGGUUGGAGAGAAGUGGCGAAAGGUUUUUAUGGGUGGUGAAGAAUCCACCUCACUUUGACGAGGCCGAUUUCAAUUCGAUUUUCCCAGCUGGGUUCUUGGAUCGAACCAAGGAAAGAGGAUUCAUCGUCAAGUCCUGGGCUCCGCAAGUGGAGAUUUUGAAUCAUGAAUCGGUGGGUGGAUUCGUGACUCACUGCGGGUGGAACUCGGUGCUUGAAGCGGUUUGUGCUGGUGUUCCGAUGGUGGCAUGGCCUCUCUACGCUGAGCAAAGAUGCAACAGGAUAUUGCUGGUAGAAGAAAUCAAAAUCGCUUUACCGAUGAUGGAGUCGACUGAAAACGGGUUUGUCAGUUCAAGUGAAGUGGAGAAGCGAGUUAGAGAGUUGAUGAACUCGAAGAAAGGUAACUCAGUUAGGAAAAAGACCGAGGCCAUGAAAGAUGAAGCAAAAGCAGCACAGAAUGAUGGCGGGUCCUCGUGUGUAGCCUUAAUCAAAUUGUUUGAGUCAUGGAAGCCAAAAUAAUGAGUUCGUUAUGGCUUGCUACAUAACUCAUUCUGUAUUGGUGUUUGGAGUUCUAUGGCUUCGGAAUUUUAAUUUUUUAAUAUACAAUAAAAAAGACAUUUAUGAUUUUGAAUUAAAAAAAAAACAUGUGACAACGUAUUAUUUAUUUAUUUAA